AUGUCACACCUAAUCAAUAAAGGCUGUUUAGCCACAACUAAACCUUGGUCAUACGAAAUCAACUCAUUAAAUCAACUAAACCGUGAAGGUGCGCCGGAAAUAUACGUAUUACCAAAGAACGGCAGGCGGCGGUCGACGGACAACGGCGGGCGGUCGACGGACGACGGUCGCUCGAAGGAGGUCACUCAGGCUCGCGGUCAACAAACUGUGGAUGGCCCGGAGAAGGUGCGGCGACGACGAGAAGGCUGUGAUGGUGCGCCGGGCUUGCGAUCGACAGAAGGCCGUGAAGUUGCACGGACGAUGAGAAGCUGCGUGGACGGCGAGGGUUUUUGGAGAAAUCAGUAUUGA